ACUGACUUGCAAUCAGUACAACUUUACGCAAAAGCAAAUAAUGUUCCAGGCAAGAUAAAUUGCUCUGAUGUUGCUUUCCACUCCAGGCAUACGAGUAGAUCACAGAACAUUCAAUCGAGCAAAAAUGGCGGAUGACAAGGAUCCCUUCAAACAGAUGAAGGAUCUCAACCAGCUCAAGAAUCAGCUGGAAGAGAUCCAGAAACGUGUGGAGAGUGAAUUUGCAGAAGGAAUCCCGCAGUUGUUUCCUGUUCUUCCCCAGGGGGGCUCUGUGCUGGCAUCUCCCUUCCUGAAGGGCUUCCUGGCUGGCUAUAUGGUGGCCAAGCUCCGCUCCUCAGCUCUCAUAGGAGUGCUACUAGGAACAUUCACAGGCAUCUACGCUGCGCAGAACUAUCAGGUUCCCAACAUCGAAAGCACCCUGAAAGACUAUAUGAGUUUGUUUAGAAAAGGACCCAAGUAAUGGGAAGAACCAGGCCUAGGCUUCAUCUUCAAACUGCCUGAGGUGUGUGGCACAAUCACCAUGUCUCUUUGUCAGAGGCUCAAACCUCUCCUUUGUAUACUGUAAAAAAUAAUAUUUGGUUUUAACUGGAUUUUGGUGUGAAAGAGUGGGUUUGCUUUGGGUUUUGUGCAAAUGUUAAAGGUUAAAUCUGUCAGUGCCCUGGGAAAAUAUAUUUUAUUCUCUGCUGAUCAGAUUAUAAGGUGUGUAAAAGGGGAUAAGGUUAUGUGCCUUGAGUGUAAGCUUAACAAGCUUGACUGCUUGCCUUAGUAACAUUGCCUGGUGCAGCCAUCUAGGCCUAAUUGAUUUUGAAUCAAUGAUGUGAACAACAAGACGGUGUCCUUUUUUUGUUUUCUGAGCAGAAAUAACUUUUUUACCAUCUUAAAAUACAAACAUACCUUGAAUAGAUUUGGCCAAAAUUAUGUGAUUUGUUGCUAAUUUAGAUGUUAAGACUUAAGGUCAGGAUAUUUGUAUAUUCAGACAUAUACUAGUUAUUCAGGAGUGUUAGUGACAUGCCGUACUGAGAAUGAGUGUGAUCCAGAACAUGGGGUCUGGGUUCCUGUGGAUGAAGGGGAGUCUUCCCUGCCACUCUGCUCCUGACUGGGUACCUGUCUGCCCUGCACAUCUCCCUGUCCCUAGGCUGAGGACCAGGUGAGUCCCAGCCUUCAUAUCACAGCCUGAGGCCUUGUGCUGGUCUACUAUUUCAUCUCAGGGCUAGUAGCUGUCUACACAGAGCGGUUGCUGAAGAGCCAGCGACUACCCCUGUACCUGCAUGUGUUUGGAGUGGCCAUCAACAGGGUUUCCCACCACUCCAGCAUGGGGGGGAGAACAGGGUUUUCUGGAGGAUUACUCAGGGGUGGUGUGGGCCAUUGUGGCAGGGCAGGCAGCUAACGGGUUGCUGAUGUCAGUACUGCUGAACGAUGGUAGUGGCAUCCCCAGGCUAUUUGUCGUCUUCUGGUCUAUGCUGGUCAACACCCUCCUAUCCUGGGUUCUACUGGGCCUGCAGUUCACCCCCUUCUUUCUGUUACCCACGUCUAUGAUCAGCCUGGAAGCCUAGCUGUACUACAGGUAGCAGGACUCUGCCUGAACAUACCUGUGUUAUGGACAGUGGACCUCUGCUGAACUCUCAUUCCACUGCUCCACCACAAUCUCUGGCAGCAUUAUUUACCAGAUGAAUUGACAUUGAUUGACAUUCAGGUUGGAAUGUUUUUUUUAACGAUGCAUUUAUUUAUAUAUAUAAUUUUACUUUAGUGACUCAGUAUUUUUCAUUUAAUGUCCCAAAUAUUUAUUUAGUUUGUUAUUUGAAGAUUAAAAUUAUGGAAUAGAAGCUGUACUUUAGGUGAGUCUUGCAGACCCUUCCAUCACAUUGUCACUGGUUUAUUUGCUACCCAUAAUGCACACGGCCUAUUUUUCAACUAGCCUUUGUUUUCCAGUUUAAUCGAAUUUUGCCGUAUUCAUACUUGUCUUUUCUUCAAUAUUUCAUUGGUGGACUCAUAAAUAGUUGGGUUUGGGUAAUGCGUCUACAUUACAACACUUGAGUGGUGCUAUGAUUGUCAGUAUGGGUAUUUACCUAGCAUUUAUCAUUUCCUCUGCCAAGUAAAAUGUCAAAGAUACAAUAUAGUGCAGAAAGAGUUUAUGAAAUAUUUCAUUUUAUUUCUUUAGUGUUUUCUAUUCAAAAUAAAAUGCCAUAAAUUCAUAAAUAUUU